UUGUUUAGCUCCUAAUCUGCCUCAACCAACAUGGCGGGCGGUGGAUAUCCGCCAGGACAAGUAUGGCGGCGCCCAUGUUGUGAUUAGUGCAGGCUGGAGGUAUCAGGAUGGCGGUGGAAGUAAGGUGGCACAAACGCGAUUUAAUCAAGAGUUGGGAUCACAGAGCGGCCUCCAUCUAGUGACCCCCGGGGACACCAUCACCACCGACACGGGAUUCAUGAGAUGGAGACAAAGUGUACCACGUGCUGCUCUAGGGCUGUAACUCUCUGUACUUCUACUACUUCUACUGGACUCACACGGACACGGGACUGAGAGAAAGAGACAGGGAGUGAAUGAGAGGGAUAGUUCUACUGUCAGUUUAUUACUAGUACUGUAGCCUUCAGGCUGUCAUCCAUACUACUGCAUUGUUGCUAGGGUCAAUUACACCUUAGCAACCAGAUAGAAGCUGAACAAAAAGCUGAAUCAUUAUGAAAAUCAUAAAAAAGAGCACAUUUCAAACUAUAGGUAUAUAAUUGUCAUAUGAAAUGUUCAUUUAAAGAUGAGAGAUUUGGGGUGCAACAGAAGAGAUGGAAGGUGGAAACUAAUAGUCGUUUGGACUCUGUGUUACUACUUUCUGCUGUUAAUCUUCCUGGUGGCAAACUGAGGAGGAGGUCGGCCGAGGACGAGUUGGCCAUGAGGAGUUACCUGCAGGAGGGAGACCUGAUCAGCAUCAAAGAGUUGUUAAAAGUGGAGGUGAUAGAAGACAUAGUCAUGGAAACCCGACAGCGCCUCCUGGAGCAGGAAGGUUAAUUCUUGCCAGGGGGGAACCUUCAGUCUUUGACAAGUCCAUAAAGUACUCUGUUUAUUUCCUCUCUGCUCCAAUAAACAUCCUGCAUCGUGGGCUGCCUCUGUGUGUGAUAGAAGGGGUCAAAUUGGCAGCUAAAUAUCGAUUUAUCAUACUGCAACUUAACUGGCUGAAUUCAUGCAAUGGUCUGUAGGAAAGCAUGCGAUCAGUGAGGCCUCCCAUGAAGAUCGUAUGGCUUUUUGUUGGUGGAUGCGGAGAGUUUUACUUUAAGGACAAUUUAAAAAAACGCAAUAAAGUUGCAUCUGGUUUAUUCUGAAUGCAGCACAGGGCUACGUCCCUUUUGUAUCAAAACAUCUCUGUUAUGUGUUUAGUUACAUUUGUAUUAGUAAAUCACCGUUUUGAUCA